CAGAAGCAAAACGCUGAAGUGAGCCAAUCGAAAACACGACAGAGAGAGCCUUUAAGAUUCCCUCCUUUUCAUGAUGACACUCAUACAUCCUCUGCUUGCAAUGCGUGGAAGAUGUCUGCAGCUUUGGGACCUAGAAGAAUGCCGACUACAAGCAUAACACUUGUGGUCUUUGUGAUUCUAGUACUAGCAUCUCAUUAUGCAAAAGCAUCAGAAAAUGAUUCUCCAUUUUCACUCAUCAAUAAAGCCACUGGAAAUUGCCUGGUGAAAAGAUCCAAUCGUUGCCUCGAUGUACGCUGGACAACUGCUGACCGCCUUGUGGUGACUUCCACCAAAAAGUGUCUUGGAGCGCAGGGCAGAAGUGUGGGGAGCGAAGUGAAUCAAUAUGACUGUGAUGAAACAAGUUUGCUCCAAAAGUGGGAAUGCAAGAAUAAUACGCUGCUUGCUCUCAAAGGCCAAAAUUUCUACAUUGAAGGAAAAGCUGAUGAGUCCAUCGUUCUUUCACAAACUAUUGGGCCAAAUAAUCACUUUAUAAUCCCAGGGACUGCUAAUGGGGCCUGCUCAAGGACACACAGAGAGUUGUACACCCUCGGUGGAAACGCAUUCGGAAAGAUAUGCAUGUUUCCCUUCUUGUACAAAGACCGAUGGUUUGUGGACUGUACCACGUUCGACACAAAAGAUAAACGCAGCUGGUGUGCGACGGAAACCAAAUACGAGCACGAACAGUGGGGACAUUGUCCGACAACUUCCACUGAUCAUUGGAAAAAAAAUGUCAUCACCGGAGUGUACUACCAGGUGAACACGCAGUCAGCCCUGACCUGGGCUCAGGCUGACAAAAGCUGCAAGCAGCAGGCUGCCUCUCUGGUCAGCAUCACUGACCCCACUGACAAUGCCUUCAUUACAGCUCUACUGGGAUCAGGGAGAAAUAAGUUCUGGAUCGGCUUAGUUCUGGACCCAGAGCACAGCUGGCAGUGGUCUGAUCAGAAGCCUUUUCGCUACCUCAAAUGGGAUGCUGGAAACCCAGUUUCUAAUCCAGGACACAACUGUGCCGUUCUGGACUCAUAUGGUCAGUACUCAUGGCAGAGUUCCUCCUGCACUAAGAAAAUGGGCUACAUCUGCCACAAGGGUGGAAACCCACCAACUCCUUCUCUAGUUGAACAAGGAUUUUGCUCAGACCCGUAUAUCCCCUACAACGGCCACUGCUUCCACCUUCAGCGUACCACUCAGACUUGGCCUGAUGCUCAGAGAGAGUGUCGUAAGGAUGGAGGGGAUCUUGUUACCAUCAACAAUGUGGAGGACCAAAGCUUUGUCAUUUCUCAGCUUGGAUAUGCAUCCGGUGAUGAGCUUUGGAUUGGAUUAAAUGACAGGAGAACAGAAGGUCUGUUUGACUGGAGUGACCACGCCACUGUCACAUUCACCAGCUGGGAGUUUGGAAAACCAACAGUUUCCGGCCUGAGUGAGGACUGCGUUUUCAUCAGAGGGGAGAAUGGGAACUGGGCAGAUGGGUCAUGUGAUGACAAGCGUGGGUUCAUUUGUAUGAAGCAAAGUUCUACUGUAAGAACUGGAAAUGAAGUAGAGAUGGACCAUGGCUGCAUAGCUGGUUGGAAAAAGCAUGGGUCAUAUUGCUAUUUUGUUGGGUCGGAAACAAAGACUUUUGCUGAAGCUAAAGAGGAUUGUAAGACCUCAAACGGCUAUCUAGCUGAUGUCUCAAGUGGGGUGGACAACGCCUUCCUUGUGAGCCUGGUGGGACUGAGACCAGAGAAACACUUCUGGAUUGGACUCUCAAACCAGAACAACAUUGAUAUUUUUGCAUGGACCAACACAGACUCUGUGAGAUUUACUCACUGGAAUGCUGGAAUGCCAGGUUACCAACAAGGCUGCGUUGCCAUGGCCAGUGGGAUUUCAGCUGGACUUUGGGAUCUGUUGCCCUGCACCAAUCGGGAGAAAUACAUCUGCAAGAAGUUGGUUGAUGGGGCCUUACCAACAGCACCACCACCUACUCAGACUCCCCCCCAGUGUGCAGAUGGCUGGACUCGAGUGGGAACGAGAAAUGUCUGCACUAAGUUUUUCACAGGACCUAGAUCAUCUGAGAAAACCUGGUUUGAGGCCAGAGAUUACUGCCGGGCUAUUGGAGGGGAUCUUCUGAGCAUCCACAGCGCAGCUGAGCUCCACGUGGGUCGGUUAGUACCAGAUAGCUAUCACCUCAUACUGAGGCCAUAUCAUGAGAUUGGGGGUGGAAGAGCGUGGAUUGGACUUCACGUUGCAGAUCCAAACGCUGGUUACGUGUGGUCUGAUGGAAGCCCAGUAAACUACCUGCACUGGAGUGACGGAGAACCAAACAACUUCAAUAAUGAUGAAUCUUGUGCUGAGUUUACAAUUCACAACUGGGAUGAGUCUGGCUCCUGGAACGAUCUGAACUGCGAAAGUUACAAUGACUGGCUUUGUCAGAUUCGUGCAGGAGUAACUCCAAAACCACCUCCCAAUGACACAGCUAUCGCAGAAUUCAACACCACUGCUGAUGGAUGGCUUGUGUGGAGAGGGAAAUAUUAUUUAAUCAGCAAAAUGUCAAAGUCAAUGGAAGAUGCUCGUCAGUUCUGCCAGCAGAGCCAUGCUGACCUAGUGUCGAUCAACAGCAAAGAGGAAAACAUUUUCUUAUGGAAACAGAUAUCUAGAGGCUAUGGAUCAUAUUACAUAGGUUUGUCUGUGGAUCUCGAUGGCUCAUUUUGGUGGAUGGAUGGAACACCAGUGACGUAUACAAGAUGGGAUGAAGAUCAACCUAAUACCAAUUCUUUUGAUCAGAAUUGUGUUUCCAUGAGCUAUCACAUGGGUUACUGGCGAACUUCCAACUGUGGACGUGAGUUUAUGUUCAUCUGUAAACGAACAAACUCACCGCCUGCCAACACGACCAUUGCCCCGACGCCUCCUCCUAAAGGAGGCUGCCCUUUCUCCUGGACAAAAUUUGGCUCAAAGUGCUACAAGAUUACAACCGACCGUAAGAGCACCUGGGAAGAUGCACGAACACAGUGCAUCAGUAUAGGAGCCAAUUUGGUCUCCAUUCCAACAAGAAAAGUGCAAGCGUUUUUGACCACUAGACUGCUUGAUGAAACUGGGGAUCUGUGGAUUGGUUUGAACAGUUUAAAACAAGACGGCUUUUUCUGGGCAGAUGGAAAAACACGACAGUACACCAACUGGGGUUAUUCUAAAAAUCAGCGCCGCCCUGGAACAUUUUAUCAAAGAUGGAAUGAGGAAGAUUGUGUGGCACUUACUAGGACUUCUGCUUUUGGAAUUGGUAAAUGGUUGAUUAAGUCCUGCAAUGAAACCAAUGGAUACAUCUGCCACAAAAGUAUCAACCCUUCUCAGCCAGAUCAACCAGGACCAAUAGAUCCAAACAUCUACGAACGUCUGGGGAAUGACAGCAUGAAGGCCAUGACUCAAAAUCUGACCUGGGAAAAUGCCAAGAAUCUUUGCAAAAAGGAAAAGGCGAAUCUGGCCAGCCUUCGAAACGAGUGGACCAUUGCUUAUGCCGAGCUACUGGCCAUCACUCUCAAAGCUCCUCUGUGGAUCGGACUUAACAAAAACCAGACUGGAGGUCAUUUUAGGUUUAUUGAUGGAUGGUUCCUGAACUCUGUCAACUGGGCUGAAUUUGAACCAAGCAUGGACAGACCAUGUGUGUACAUCGAUGUGGACGGAAAAUGGAGGACUGCUCUCUGCAACCAGACUAUGAACAGUAUUUGUAUGCAGUCAACAGAUGUUCCACCAACAGAAUCUACCAAAUUUCCAGGACGUUGCCCUGAAGAUACCAAAGUAGAGUAUCAGGAGAGUUACACCUGGCUGCCUUUUAGGGGUCACUGUUAUUUGUUUCUCACAGAAGAAAUCGAAUGGGCAGAUGCAGCCAGCAGCUGUGUAAGACAUGGUGGAACCCUGGCAAGUAUUCAAGAUUCUUUGGAACAACAGUUCAUCAAAAGGAAUAUAGAAGUGUUCCAAGACAGCCACCCCUCUUUUUGGAUUGGUCUGUAUAAGACACACAAAGGAUCAUGGUUGUGGUUAGAUAAAACAGUCAUGGACUAUGUUAACUGGGCUCCAGAUGAGCCAGACUCAUUUUUUGGAACCAUCCAAACCUCUGAUGGGAGUUGGAGUUCUGGUCGCAGCUGGCAUGACAAAUCGUACAUCUGUAAAACGCCAAAGGUCCCAGACACAGGCUCAGAAGUAAAACCCGAGCCUCAUGGGGGAGAUGAUCCUCAGAGUCGUGUUCGCACAAGCUUGAUAGUUGUGAUGCUCAUCGCCAUCAUCUCCACAAUCACGGUUGUUGCCAUCUUGUUCCAUGGGAGGUCUCCUCGUCCGUUCCCCACCUUUGAAAACCCACUCUACUUCAACAACGAGCAGGCUCAGCCUGAUGUGGUCGACACCAAUAAGCUGAUAGAAAAUGUAGAAAACUCUGAGCCAAUUUUAACUCUGUGAUUUCUGAAAGUGAAUUAACUAGUGGAAGAAUAAUUUUACUGUAUACACCGAUACUCUUAUUCUACAGUGCUUUUUUUUACUACAUACAAUUUACUCUGUAAUUUAACAGUGAUAGUUCUUUCUCUUCCUAUGGUUGAAUGUAUAUAAUGGUUACAUGUGGUCAUCGAACUCUAAAUGCUAUUCAGCGGUUUGAUUCAGAAUGUAAAAAAAUUCUUGUGAAAAUCUAACAAACUCAAUGUUGAAUAAAGAUUAAAUUUUUUGGA